AUGAGGUACUCCAUCGUCAUCUCUGCCGCCGCUCCCACCGCCGCACCGGGCAUCAACUGCCGCGGCUCCGGCCUCUGCCCAUCCGACGGCGCCGCCGGGAACCUCAUCAACCUCAAGGCCAUCGUGGACGGCAUCCAGCCCCGUCAUCGACGCUACUCAACCGGCCAGCAGAUUGCCUGCACCGGCACCCUCUGCGCCUUUUAUCAAAACGGCGCAACGGGCACGGCGAGGCAGACGUCGGGCUUUCCCCGGGCCUUGCUUGACCACGGGUGCAAGAAGUGCGGCUCCGUGCCUACUCAGCCGGGCAACGACGUGAGCAAGGGAGAGCUCACUGUGAAUGUUGUUGGAAACCCUCACUGCCAGGGUGCUUGCUAG